AUGAAGUUCACUUUGGCUCUUUCGUUAUUCGCAUGGGCUGCGGGCGGCUCUGCCCAAGCCGCCUUCUGUACAGCAGAGCAUAGGAUCAAUGUCAUGCGAUACAUCACUGCCGUCUUCAACGAGAAGGACUUCUUGAAGUCAGCAGCAGGCAUUCAAGGGAUGCCUUUGGAACCUGACUGUCCUGCAAUCGUCAGCGCAAACGGCGCCCCUGCAGUCGAAUUCGGAUUCGACGCAUCAUCAACCAAGAACUUCGCCAUCGUCGUCCGACAACUAUUCACCAAAGUGACAUCCAAAUAUACCGACUACGGCAACGGCACAACCCUCAUGGACGCCGACGUCGUCCUUGGAACACUCCACGUUCUGGACUUCCCCGUCAAUGCACACAUCCUCGUACCGGCCGAGUUCGACCUCGAGACAUGUCGCCUGCAGAUUCUCCGAGCGAACGUUUUCGUUCCAUCAGCUAUUGGAGGCGUACCAGUGAACACUCCUGUCAUUCCAGCAUUCCCAGGCCUCGACACUCUUCCUGGGCUAAGAGGAAUUCUGGCCAAACUUCCAGGAAAUCCUUAUAACAUCUGA